CUGUUUGUAAUAUGAAUGUUGAGAGUGAGUGCUGGGCCGCCGUCUUCUCUGUGCAGAGUGGCGUACUCCCCGCUCGUCGUGUGCACUUCUUGCCUCGAUGCGGAAUCCAAGCACGUGCUGAGCUCCGCGCUGCUCGUGCUGGGAGGACAUUUCGUCUCCCAAUGGACCAGCGACUGCACCCACUUGGUCAUGACGUCCAUCAAGGUCACCGUGAAGACGAUCUGCGCCCUCAUCACGAGCAUCCCCAUCGUGCAGCCGGCGUUCUUCUCCACGCUCGUCACGGCCAUCAGGAGCCGCUCGCCACAACCCAGCCACAGCAGCUUCUGGCCUCUGGCUGAUGAACCGGGCAUCAACCCGGGCGACCUCGACUUGACCCCCCGGCCUGAGCGGAGGCUCCUGUUCCAGGGGAAAACCUUCCAGUUCCUGCACGCCAAGCAGCACAAGCGGUUGGCGGUACCGAUCGCGCUGGCGGGCGGCGCGGCAUUGUGCCUGUGCUCCCCCGGCCAGCGCGCCGAGCCGCGGCACGGAGAAGGUUUCUGCGUGGUGGAGCCAGAGGCUGGCUGUUCGCAGCCCUCGUCCCAGGUGCUGGCGCAGGACGCGCGAGCGUGGGCUGCCCAAGUCGGCGUACGCCUCCGCACCCUCGGCCUGCGCACGAUCACGGAGGCGGAGGUUGGCCUGGCUGUAGUCUACUGCUCGACGCACACCUACUGCAACCCCUCGGCACGGCUCCCAGACGAGGUGAGCUGUGUGAACACGAACCUCGCUGGGGCAACGCUGUCGCAGAACCUGGCUGGGGCAACGCUGUCGCAGAACCUGGUGCUUGAGCCCAGCGAGGGCGUGGCACCCGACUCUACGCUGUACGCCGCCGACACGCAGGACUCGUUAAUCCUGGCCCGCUGUCAUAUGAAGUCGGCGAGCGGCUCCCAGCUGCAGCAGGUGGAUGAGACCCUGGAUAAGAGGUCGCUCAUUCCCAUGGAGGCCACCAGCAUGAGCCGGGACCCGGGACGACCAGGAGUCAGGGCGGGCACCACGGGAGCAGCCACCGCCGCGGUCCUCCGAGACGACGAGGAAGAGGCUGCGGACGGCUCCUCCUUGUCCACGAAGAGCCAGCCCAGAGGGCCGUGCAACAGCGCCGACUCUGCGCAGAAGCCUGCCGCUCGCGCCAAGGCCACGAUCACCAGCUACUUCCAGCCGUCGUCCAGAAAGAGAGCUCGCCACGCCGGCACCGACGGCGACGACGAGGGCUCCGCGGUGCCCCCCAAGGUGUCGAGAGCGGCGGAGCAGCCCCCCCCCACCCUGACGUGGCCGGAGUCCGGGGAUCGCACUUCCCGCACCUGCAGCCUGCCCACACAGCCAUACCCAGACAACGGAACAAGAGGGGAGGACUCGCAUCAGCCGGCUCCCCCAAAGACGACUGCGGGGACACCCAGGACCCCAGCGGGCGAGCUUGGUGCGCGGGGAGGAAACGCGGAAGGCGUGCCGGCACCGUCGGAACAGAGUCACACGCAGACGACGGCGACAAAGAAGAAGAAGGGCUUUGAGGAGUUUGCCAUGGAGGAGCCGAGCGAGGAGGGGGAGACGCAAGAGGGAGCUGGCGGCCCAAGCGCAAAGCGGAGGAGAUGCGCGGACUCCCCGCCUGUGAAGCAGGAGCCUGUAGUGGCCGGGGACCCGGAGGAUGUGACUGCCCCCACGGCGCUGCUGCUGUGUGAGUUCCGCUCCCUGGUGCUGGCCAGGCCCACCGCCUCCCCCCACGCGGGGCUCCUGGACACCUCCACGCUGCCCAGCGGCACCCCCCGCAGGAACUUCAAGACAUUCAGGAAGGCCGCCCGCAGCGUCACGUCCACGCUGCCUCGCGUCGUCAUCGCCGUCUCCGAUUUGUACCACCAUGAGGAGGAGACCGACGACCACGCCUGGAUAGAGGAGAGUCAAAGAACCCAGGAGGAAGUCUUAGCGGACAAUCUGUUUGGGUGAAAGGGCGUGCAGCAACUGCACAUCUCACCGGUCGCCACCUCUUGGUCGUGCGUCCCAGCAAAGCGUGAUGUGCGGAAGACUGGGGCGACUCCAGCCCCUCACGCCACCUGACCUGGGCCCGACUACAGAACGACUGGGAAAGGGGAGUCCGCCAAGACUUGGCGUUACUCUCGAGUCAGUAAGGGAGUUCGCAGAGGACUUACGGGCAGUCCGUUUAACUUGUAAGCCUAUUGUGAAGGCAAAAAAAAUAAGUCAAUCCAUAAUUAAGGAAAUAACGUUGACAUGAAUAUUAAGCAACCACAUUGUAUCUCACAUUCCCACAGCUUUGCCGUCUCACUUGGAAUUUCUUGAACGUUUUCUCACAUCAGACCUUCCCAGCCACAGGCUGCCAGGGUGGUACCAGCGUUGUCGUCGGGCCCUGGAUCUCCAUGCAUUUCCUCCACUGUCCCCGCACCUUGAGUCUAACUAAACCCAUAGCUUGUGACUGCUUGCAUCUCUUUAGUUUUCUUGUGCACGUUAAUAUUAUACAAUACAUGCAAAACUGUAAAAUAAUUGGAAAUUGAGAAACUCACAAAUCCAUGCUCCUAAUAAUCCAUCAAUUCAAAAAUCUGCGGUGCCCAUACUGUUUGCAGCGGCUAAUCCUGAAAUUCCAAAACUCACGAGAUUUCUUGGAUCUUGCCAGGGCUGAAAUCUCCAAUAUUCAAGUACAUGGAUUAUAGGAAGGAAAACUCGUAAAAUUCACGAGGCACCGUGAUGGGAUGGUUGUGUUAAAGCUGUGGCUUUUGAAGCCCACCAUAUUUUAUUAACUAAAGGCCAGGCAUAAGGACGACUCUUUAAUACCAACUCAUGGCAAGGUCUGGUGAGUAGUGAAGUCAAUAAAUUCAUGUUCUCAUG